GCUAUGUCCAUCCGGGGUCUCAAGAAGAAAAAGCAGCAGAAGACCUUUAAGGUUAAGGUUAUAACAAUGGAAGCUGAAACUGAAUUCAGUUGUGAGAUGGACUGGAAAGGGAAAGACCUCUUCGAUUCAGUGUGCAGACACUUGGCAUUGAGAGAAACUUGGUUCUUUGGCCUACAGUUUGUGGCAAGUGGGACAGACACCUGGUUGAAACUGGAAAAAAAGAUUUUACAGCAGCAUGUCCCCAAAGAAGAUCCUGUUAGGUUUUGCUUUAUGACUAAAUUCUACCCUGAAAACGUGGCUGAUGAACUUUUUCAAGAAGUAACCCAACAUCUUUUCUUCCUUCAGGUUAAAAAGCAAAUUCUGGAUGAAGAAAUAAUUUGCUCUCCGGAGGCAUCGGUUCUCUUGGCCUCCUAUGCUGUCCAAGCUAAGUAUGGUGACUAUAACCCUAACAUACACCAGCCUGGAUUUCUAUCUCAAGAUGAGCUGCUACCUCAACGAGUUCUGCAGCAAUAUCAGAUGACAACAGAAAUGUGGCAAGAAAAAAUAACAGCCGUACAUGCAGGUCACAGGGGAAUUUCUAGGGAUGAAGCAGAGAUGAACUAUUUAAAAAUUGCACAAGACUUGGAUAUGUAUGGUGUGAACUAUUUUCCAAUUACGCUAGUUAAGAAUGACUCGGAUAUCCUUCUUGGAGUGGAUGCUAAGGGAAUCCAUAUAUAUGGUAAAAAUAACAAAAUAUCACCACUGGAAUCAUUUAAAUGGGGUGACAUCAGAAACAUCUCAUAUGAUGACAAGAAAUUAAAACUUAUACCCAUUGACAAAAAAGCCGAAGCUUUCAAGUUUUAUUCUAAAGAGCACAAAGUCAAUAAACUGAUUUUGCACCUGUGCAUUGGAAACCAUAAUUUAUUCUUGACAAAAAGAAAAGUAGAUUCAACUGAGAUUCAAGAGAUGAAAGCUCAAGCUAAAGAAGAAAAAACAAGAAGGAAGAAGGAGCAUCACAGACUGUUGAUGGAGAAAGAAUUAAGGGAAGAGGCAGAGAGAGCCAAAGAAGAACUUGAAAGGAGACUGUUCGAGUUGGAGGAAGAAUCAAGACAAACCAACGAGGCUCUGAUUCUGUCUAAUGAAGCUGCUGAGCUGUUAGCAGAAAAGGUUCAGAUAGCAGAGGAUGAAGCAAAGAUACUUGCCCAGGAGGCAGUGGAGGCCAGAUAUGAGUUACAGCGCUUGGAGAUGACAGUUUUAAAGAGUAAGGAUGAGAUGCGCAUGAUGGAGAAAAAGAUGAGAGAGUCGGAUCUUAUAACCAUGAAACUGCUGAAGGAAUCUGACAGGAGAGCUAAGGAAGCUGAACUCUUAGAGCAGGACCUUCACAAAGCAAGAGAAGCAGAACGACUUGCAAAGCAAAGGCUCUUAGAACGGGGUUCCUUUAGCCAAACACCAGCAAAAGUCCUUCAGCAAGAUACUUCAGAAGGAGGGUAUGAUAAUAAAAUGUUAUGGCAAAAUUUAGACACGGAAUAUAAGAGGCUGUCCUUGGAGAUUGAAAAAGAAAGGAUUGAAUACCUUGAAAAGAGUAAACAACUAGAAAAUCAACUAAAUGAACUCAAGCUUGAAAUUCAAGUCCUGAAGCAGCAGGAUAGGCAACUGAACGCAUUUUCACUUUACAAUAGCGACUUUGGAUGCAAGUAUAAUCUGCAUGAUACUCUUUUGAUGCAAACGUGUCAGAAAGAACCUACAAGUCCUUACUGCAUUCCUCCAGUGUACUCAGUGAGUACUGUUCGCAGCUGUCCAACUCCAGAGAGAGAUGCUUAUCCGCACUCUAUUAGGAUGAGUCAUACAUUACCUAACUAUACUACUGGAAGAGAAACCAGGCAGAAUGCCAGGAAGCACACAUCGGAUCCAUCUAGCUGCCAAGCUCUGGAUCAUCUGAACUUCACCCCAACCAGCAUCGAGAGCGACCAUGCUGCGCGGGGACAGAAUUAUUCGCCGCACACCUUUUUUGCACCUUAG